AUGAUUACAGAAGCUCAGGUCAAAGUACAAACUCCACCACCAGUGCCCACUCCAAGGACAACUACUGAAUCCCGUCCAGCAGCACGCACAAGACCAGAGCUUCCAAAAAUUGCAGGCAAGGAAAAUCACAGAGACAGUUUAGAACAAGAAAACUUUCUCAAUAAAGUGUGCAAGUUUGAGUUGAUAUCUCGAGGCAGCCCAAAAUCUCCUAGUGCUUCCACGUGUAAGACAGAAGUGGUUAAAAGUCCAGAACCUUGUAUUAAUACACAAAUUCAUCUGGGAGAAAAAUUGUUUCCCCGAGACACUUUGACCACUCGAAUAUCUGCCAGUGUCCUUCAUGGCAGUCCAGAUCGUGUCUACAGCUCUUGUAGUUCCAACAGUUCUUCCUCACUGACCAGUGUCAGUAGCAUAUCUUCUGACAUGUCCUCAUCUCGGGACACUGGAUCCAACAAAGCAUCUACACAUUCAAGUAACACAUCAAAAAAUAUCACUGAUUCUCCAGAUUUAACAACUAGUCCUAUUUCUUCACCUUUAAAAAAUGGGACCCAAGCAACUCAUAGCAAUGGUUUGUUAAUGUCAAACGGAGAUGUUUCUUUAGAAGAGGUAAAACGGAACACAUUUGAAGGGAUGGAUUUUGACUUCAAUGAAUUGACAGCCAGUCAGCAGGAUCUGACAAUUCGGCAUAGGGAAAUUGUCACACAGCGUAAAAGGGAGCAAGAACUUGAGAGGCUAGAACGUCAACGAUUGGAGGAAAUUCUUAACAUGUGUGCUGAAUAUGAGCAACAACUUGAACAGGAGAAACAGAACUGUAGUGAUUUCAAGAGCACUGUCACAAAUUCUCCCCUUCCAUUCCAAGUGAACCAGGUAUCAUCUUCUCAGAGUAGCACAGCAGUGGUUACUCAGACUCCACAACCAGCAACCCGGCACAUUAAACCUCCUUCAUUGCUAGAGAUUAAUCUUGACUCCAGCAAUAAUGAGUUCAAAGACAAGACCGAUUUUCGGAGUUCAGUAAGCAAAAUCAAAACUAAUGGCUCAUUGACACGGCUUUCAUCGCCUAACAAUCCUCUUCAAGAAGGAAUAUUUGGAUUCCAGAAUAGAAAAGGAGGUUCAAGUUCUUCCAAUUCUGAAGAUGAGCUCUAUAACAGCUCUGAAAAUACAGGUACAAUUAAACGACGUCCGGGUCAAGACUCUUCAACCUCCACCACCAGUAAGCCGCCUACUGCUACUGCUGUUGCUGUUGUUGUGCCUGCCACAGAGGCUGAAGUGAAAACGCCAUCAACAUCAGUGACAUCUUUAUCCCAAAAUGAUGAUGAGAUACAUGAUACAGCUGUCUUGACUACAGCCAUCACAAAGUGCCAAAUUAGCCCCAAAGAAACCUUUAAUUCUGCAGACGUUACUAAUUCUCUUAAUUCUGCAUUGACAGAAUCUAAUGUGAACAUCAAUUGCAAUGGUUUAUCAUCGCACAAUGAUGAGUCUGGGUCCUCAGCUUCAUCUACAGGAACAUUAAAAGAUCAUUCCCCACGGUCUUCAGUCAGUGAUAACAAAUCUAUGGGGAGUGGCAGUCGUACACCUGUCAACAGUGAUAGUGAGCAUAGCUUAAGCCCAACAAAAUCUGUUGACAGGCCGCCUUCGUCAAGUGGUGUGGAAACUUCCAGUGAAAACAGCUUAGUCAAUAUUGAGGAAUCGGAAUUAUGGCGGCAACUUGGGAAAUUAAAAAGAUCCAAAGGGGAUUUAUUGCUAAGAAUUGCAGAUUUAAAGAAACAAAUUAUGGAUAUUGAAACACAAGAAAAUGAGGCCAUCAGAGAGAAAGUGGAGGAGAGACAAAUAAUUUUUCUUUUUUUCUUUCUCUCCCUUUUGCUUUGUUCUUUUUUCUUUCUUCCCCCCCUUUUUCUUUUUUCUUUCUUCCCCCUUUUUGUUUCUUCCCCCUUUUUUCUUUCUUCACCUUUUUUCUUUCUUUCCCUCCCUUUUUCUUUUUUCUUUCUUUCCCUCGUUUUUCUUUCUUUCCCUCGUUUUUCUUUCUUUCCCUCGUUUUUCUUUCUUUCCCUCGUUUUUCUUUCUUUCCCUCGUUUUUCUUUCUUUCCCUCGUUUUUCUUUCUUUCCCUCGUUUUUCUUUCUUUCCCUCGUUUUUCUUUCUUUCCCUCGUUUUUCUUUUUUUCCCUUUUUUCUUUUUCCCCCUUUUCCUUUCUUUUUUUUUCUUUUCUUUCUUUCUUUUCUCUUUUUCUUUUUUCUUUCUUCCCCCCCUUUUUUUCUUUCUCCCCGCCUUUUCUUUUUUUCUUUCUCCCCGCCUUUUCUUUUUUUCUUUCUCCCCGCUUUUUCUUUCUCCCCGCUUUUUCUUUUUUUCUUUCUCUCCCCUUUUCUUUAUUUUACCUUUUUCUUCCCUCUUUUUCUUUCUUCCCUCUUUUUCUUUCUUUCUCUCCCUUUUUCUUUUUCUUUUUUCUUCUUCUUUCCACUUGUUCUUCUUUCUCUCCCUUUUUCUUUUUUCUUUCUUUCUUUACCCUUUUUCUUUCUAUCGUUCCCCCAUUUUCUUUUUAUUUUCUUUCCCCCUUUUUUGUUCCCCUUUUUCUUUCUUUCCCCCUUUUUUCAUUCUUUUCGUUCCCCCUUUUUUUUCUUUUUCUCCCUUUUUUUCUCUCUCUCUUUUUUCUUUCUUUCUUUUUUCCCCCAUUUUCGUUUUUUCGUUCCCCUUUUUCUUGUUCCCCUUUUUCUUUCUCUCCCUCUUUCUUCUUUCCCCUUUUUUCUUUUGUUCCGCUUUUUCUUUUUCUCCUUUUUCUUAUUUCUUUCUCUCCCUUUUUCAUUCUCUCUUCUUUUUCUUCCACCCUUUUUUCUUCUUUUUUCUUCCCCCUUUUUCUCUUUUCUUUCUUUCUCCCCCUUUUUCUCUUUUCUUUCUCCCCCUUUUUCUCUUUUCUUUCUCCCCCUUUUUCUCUUUUCUUUCUCCCCCUUUUUCUCUUUUCUUUCUCCCCCUUUUUCUCUUUUCUUUCUCCCCCUUUUUUCUUUUCUUUUCUCCCCUUUUCUCUUUUCUUUCUCUUUUUCUCUUUUCUUUCUCCCCUUUUUCUCUUUUCUUUCCCCCUUUUCUCUUUUCUUUCUCCCCUUUUCUCUUUUUUUCUCCCCUUUUUUCUUUCUCCCCUUUUUCUCUUUUCUUUCUUUCUCCCUUUUUUCUCUUUUCUUUCUUUCUCCCCUUUUUCUCUUUUCUUUCUUUCUCCCCCUUUUUCUCUUUUCUUUCUUUCUCCCCUUUUUCUCUUUUCUUUCUUUCUCCCUUUUUUUUUCUCUUUUCUUUUUUUCUCCCCUUUUCUCUUUUUCUUUCUUUCUCCCCCUUUUUCUCUUUUCUUUUCUUUUCCUCCCCUUUUUCUCUUUUCUUUCUUUCUCCCCUUUUUCUCUUUUCUUUCUUUCUCCCCUUUUUUCUCUUUUCUUUCUUUCUCCCCUUUUUCUCUUUUCUUUCUUUCUCCCCCUUUUUCUCUUUUCUUUCUUUCUCCCCCUUUUUCUCUUUUCUUUCUUUCUCCCCCUUUUUCUCUUUUCUUUCUUUCUCCCCUUUUUCUCUUUUCUUUCUUUCUCCCCCCUUUUUUCUCUUUUCUUUCUUUCUCCCCCCCUUUUUCUUUUCUUUCUUUCUCCCCCCCUUUUCCUCUUUUCUUUCUUUCUCCCCCCCCUUUUCCUCUUUUCUUUCUUUCUCCCCCCCCUUUUCCUCUUUUCUUUCUUUCUCCCCCCCCCUUUUCCUCUUUUUCUUUCUUUCUCCCCCUUUUCCUCUUUCUUUCUUUCUCCCCCCUUUUCCUCUUUUCUUUCUUUCUCCCCCCUUUUUCCUCUUUUCUUUCUUUCUCCCCCCCUUUUCCUCUUUUCUUUCUUUCUCCCCCCUUUUCCUCUUUUCUUUCUUUCUCCCCCCCUUUUCCUCUUUCUUUCUUUUCCCCCCCUUUUCCUCUUUUCUUUCUUUUUCCCCCCCUUUUCCUCUUUUCUUUCUUUCUCCCCCCUUUUUCCUCUUUUCUUUCUUUCUCCCCCCCCUUUUCCUCUUUUCUUUCUUUCUCCCCCUUUUUCUCUUUUCUUUCUUUCCCCCCCCCUUUUCCUCUUUUCUUUCUUUCUCCCCCUUUUCCUCUUUUCUUUCUUUUCUCCCCCCUUUCCUCUUUUCUUUCUUUUUCCCCCCCUUUUCCUCUUUUCUUUCUUUCUCCCCCCCUUUUCCUCUUUUUUUCUUUCUCCCCCCCUUUUCCUCUUUUCUUUCUUUCUCCCCCCCUUUUCCUCUUUUCUUUCUUUCUCCCCCCUUUUUCUCUUUUCUUUCUUUCUCCCCUUUUUCUCUUUUCUUUCUUUCUCCCCCCUUUUUCUCUUUUCUUUCUUUCUCCCCCCCUUUUUCUUUUCUUUCUUUCUCCCCCUUUUUUCUCUUUUCUUUCUUUCUCCCCCCUUUUUCUCUUUUCUUUCUUUCCCCCCCUUUUCUCUUUUCUUUCUUUCUCCCCCCUUUUUUCUCUUUCUUUCUUUUCCCCCCCUUUUCUCUUUUCUUUCUUUUCCCCUUCUUUUUCUCUUUCUUUCUUUUCCCCUUCUUUUCUCUUUUCUUUCUUUCCCCUUCUUUUCUCUUUUCUUUCUUUUCCCCUUCUUUUCUCUUUUCUUUCUUUUCCCCUUCUUUUCUCUUUUCUUUCUUUUCCCCUUCUUUUUCUCUUUUCUUUCUUUUCCCCUUCUUUUUCUCUUUUCUUUCUUUUCCCCUUCUUUUUCUCUUUUCUUUCUUUUCCCCUUCUUUUUCUCUUUUCUUUCUUUUCCCCUUCUUUUUCUCUUUUCUUUCUUUUCCCCUUCUUUUUCUCUUUUCUUUCUUUUCCCCUUCUUUUCUCUUUUCUUUCUUUUCCCUUCUUUUCUCUUUUCUUUCUUUUCCCUUCUUUUCUCUUUUCUUUCUUUUCCCUUCUUUUCUCUUUUCUUUCUUUUCCCUCUUUUUCUUUUCUUUCUUUUCUUUUCUUUUUCUCUUUUCUUUCUUUUCCCCUUCUUUUUCUCUUUUCUUUUCCCUUUUUCUUUUUUUUCUUUCUUUUUUUUCUUUCUUUUCCCCUCUACACCAUUUUGGGUCGUUUUUUUUUUUUUUUUUUUUUUUUCUCCUUCUUAUUUUUCCUGCUUUUUUUUUCUCUCUCCUUCUAUUUUCCUGCUUUUUUUUCUCCUUUUUUUUCUCCUUUUUUUUCUCCUUUUUUUUCUCCUUUUUUUUUCUCCUUUUUUUUUGUCCUUUUUUUCUCUUGUUUUUUUUCUCCUUUUUUUUCUCCUUUUUUUUUCCUUUUUUUUUCCUUUUUUUUUUUUUUUUUUUCUCCUUUUUUUUUCUCCUUUUUUUCUCUCUUUUUUUCUCCUUUUUUUUUUUUCCUUUUUUUCUCCUUUUUUUUUCUUUUUUUUUUUUUUUUUUUUUUUUUUUUUUUUUUUUUUUACUUUUUUUUUUACUUCCUCUUCCUUUCACCUUUUCAUUUUUCCUUAUCCUUUUUUCUCUUUUCACCUCCUUUUUUCUCUCUUUUUCCUCUCUUUUAUUUUCUCCUCUUUCUCUUCCUCUCUCAUUACUUGUAUAUUUUUCCUUCCUCUCUUUAA